AUGAAUCCAGCUUUUACCAAUUUGGGUGUCAUGCUUGUCAUGAUGCAAGUGUCCAAGAAGAUGGACUGGGAAAACCCAUCCACCGUGUUCUACGUCAGAAUCUUGUACUCCGUCUGUACCUUGUUCUGCCUUGCCGUCUACUUGUAUGUCAGACAGCAGAUCAUUUCCAAGAACGACUUGACCACUAUGAAGUACGUUGAGCCAGCCUCUCCCUUCGGUGGUAGCUCUGAGGAGAAGUUGAUCGUCACCACUGUCAAGGACUACGAUCUCAAGCAGAUCCAGAGUUCCAUCAAGGGUGUGUUCACCGGCUUGGCCAUGAUGGGCUUCAUGCACUUGUACAUGAAGUACACCAAUCCAUUGUUGAUGCAGUCGAUCUCUCCGGUCAAGUCCGCGUUGGAAUCCCAGAUCGUCAAGAUCCACUUGUUCGGCAAGCCAGCUAUCGGUGACUUGAAGAGACCGUUCGCCGCCGCCUCCAUGUUUGGUGCCGCGGCUCCAGCCAAGACCGACAAGCAUACCAUCGAAACUGCUGAGGUGUCCGGUAACGGUGGUGUCAAGGAAGAAUAA